AUGAGUGAAGCACAGGGUACGGCACCGAGGCAGGAGGCCUUUAAUCCCGACCAGAGGAGUCCUCAUGUGUAUACAUGGCCGUCGCAGGCGGUAGAUGCUGUUGAGCGAUGUCGCGGAGAGUAUGUGGCCAAGUUGAGAGAUUGGCUUAUUGGGUUUCCGUCAAUGUCGGCGCUCUCGGAGGUCCACAACCGCAUAGAGUCGCAUGCCUCAGACGUUCGUGAUAUGCUCUCGCUUGACCGAGUAAAAGCAUCAGUCACUUUACUCGAAGCGCCGGAGACAGAGCAAGAGGCGCAGAAGCGACGAAAGAAUGUGUUCAAGUCACUACUUGACGAAUCUUAUAGGCCUGUCACGGAAAAGGAGAAGGACGACGGAGGAGUUCCGCAGCUGGAUGUGAGCCUGCAGCCGAACGAAGUGCUUGCAUUUCAGUGCCUUUUGGCAUUGGUGCAAUCUUGUUCAUUCAUCCGACAAGUCGAGAUGGCCAUCACGGGACAAGAAAGCAACGAACCUUUUUCCAAGUCAGUCCACGGCACUCGGGAAAAGUUGCAUCGCAUUACAGCUGGCGUAACGAUAGUAUUUGUUGAUCGCGGUGGUCGUCAAGAGCAGCCGGUGAUAGUUUCGUACAGCUCCGACUAG